AUGGCGGCUGGUAUAGGAAGUAUGACUUUUGACGACGAUUUAGCGGYCGAUGGCUUUGRAAGCGGCCAAAUAGAUGAAAUAUUURGUAGUGACGAUGAGCUAUUUAAUGCUCCUGCUCCAUUACCACCAUUAUCACCCACRAAUAUCGAUGCAGRGGCGAAUGAAGGAGGAGGCGAAGCUAGURCAAGCAACGAUGACAAAACAACGAAGAAAAAAGUUAUAAAAAGAUCUCCCCAGCCUAAACUGGAUGACGUAAGACUUUGUUCAGAACGAGGUAUUCCUGCAUUAGCUCAUUUAUGUGAUGGUAUCAAGUUCAAAGGCAAAGGACAUGAGGCAUCAGAUUUGAAUGUUUUGCUGCAGCGGUUUGAGCACUGGGCUCAUCGACUCUAUCCAAAGUUUCCAUUUCAAGACUGUGUUGACCAGAUMGAAGCUUUGGGGAACAAGAAACUUGUCCAGAACACAAUCAAAGCUGUAMGAAGAGGGGAAACUGGAGAAAUUGAUGACAAUAACACAGAUGAAGAAGGUGAAGUCAAUGGUGAAAAGGACAAUGAUGAUGUACAAUCUGUUAUGAAUGAUGAAAACUUUGGAGAGCAAAUCCAAAUAGAAACAUCCAAAACACCAGUGCCACAGCUUGGUCUUACCCCUGAACAACAAGAACGAAUCCGGCUGAACAGGGAGAGAGCUUUAGCAAGAAGAAAACAACAGCAAUCAAAGCUAGCAUCACAAGAUGAAACGCAAUCACAAGCAGACGAAAACCAACCAGCAUCAUCUUGCAAGCCUGACGAAGCUUCUCAAGAAAYCACACUUCCUGAUGUUCAAAGCCCAGAACGAAGCAAACUUUCAUUUGAGAAUGAACUUGAAGAGACCGACGAAACACGAGAUGAAAAUGAGACUAGAGCUGUAGAAGAUAAAACUAUGAAGAACAAUGAUAAUGAAAGCAACAAAAACUUAACAAAAAGUGACGAUGAUCAGAUGGAGACAGAAGAACUAGACAAAACAUGUACGAACAACAAUGAAAGCAAAACAAAAGAGGAUGAUGUUGCGUUAGCAGAAAGCAUAGAAAAUACAGAAACCCCAGAAAACGCAGACAUUGAAUCACUUAAAGCCGACGUUGAUGUAUCUAUGGAUACUGAAUGCAUUAAAAAGAGCACAGACUUGGGAGAAAAUAUUGACGAUAUUUCUAUGGAAACAUGAAUAAUGAAAGUUAAUCAAUGACACAGCUAGAUUGUGCUAAAUUGCGCUAGCAGUCCAAGGUCAAAUGACUGAUAUUUUACCGGAGCCAUAUUAGGAGUAGUUAAUAAGGUGCAAAAUCAGUGAUGUAUUAAAAUUUCUGUAAAAAAAGUUAGAAUCAUAAUAAAAUGUCAAUGUUGAUUGC